GUGACAAGCCCAAAAAAACCGCAAACCGCGAUACCAAUAUCUGUAAGCGACUUUACAAAAAAACAAGCCCAAAGUCGCUUGAAAUAAGCGGACUUGGCAACACUGGCGCGCUGCCGUUAAAAACAAAAAAAGAAGAAGGAGAAGAAGGAAGGAAGAAGACGAGAAGAAUGAAGAGACAAGAAGGUAGUAGCGUAGCCAUAGCAGUAGCAGUAGCAGUAGCAGCAGCCUCCCGCUAGGGGGCGGUAGCGUCUCCAUUAACUGUCUAUGGGAGAGCGCAGUUGUUCCUGUGUAGAAAGAGAAUAAUAAAUCAGUCACUUUAUCUUCCUCAACUGAAGUGAAUAAUCGUUGUACUCGUGACUAGCUUGUCCGUACUAGAGCCUCGUCAUCAUGUCUGGGGGUCCAGCAGUACGGGUCAGCAUUGAGUCUUCCUGUGAGAAGCAGGUGCAGGAAGUGGCCCUGGACGGGACAGAAACCUACGUCCCCCCUCUGUCCAUGUCGCAGAACUUGGCAAAGUUGGCACAAAGAAUUGACUUCAGCCAGGGGUCUGACUCCGAGGGGGACGGGACGGAGGGCGAACCCAGGGACCGCGAGUGGAGCAAGCAGGAGCCGGAAGAAGAAGAAGGCACGGUGAAGUUUCAGCCUUCUCUUUGGCCCUGGGACUCGGUGCGUAACAACCUGCGCAGCGCCCUGACGGAGAUGUGUGUGCUCCACGAUGUGCUCAGCGUGGUGAAGGAGAAGAAGUUCAUGGCCUUAGACCCGGUGUCUCAGGAUCCAGCAGCUGGCAAGACCCCCCAGGUGUUCCAGCUGAUAAGUAAAAAGAAAUCCUUGGGCACGGCAGCACAGCUCCUCCUGAAGGGAGCAGAGAAGCUCUCCAAGUCAGUAGCAGAGAACCUGGAGAACAGGCGGCAGAGGGACUUCAACUCGGAGCUGCUGCGACUCCGCUCCCAGUGGAAACUACGCAAAGUGGGAGACAAGAUCCUGGGAGACCUCAGCUACCGGAGCGCAGGUUCCCUGUUUCCUCACCAUGGCACGUUUGAGGUGAUCAAGAACACAGACAUUGAUCUGGAUAAAAAGAUCCCGGAGGACUACUGCCCGCUUGAUGUCCAGAUCCCCAGUGAUUUGGAGGGAUCUGCUUAUAUUAAGGUGUCCAUCCAGAAACAAGCUCCAGACAUCGGUGACCUGGGAACCGUCAACCUGUUCAGAAGACCGCCAAAAACCAAAGCCGGCACCCAGCUGUGGCACGUGAAGCUGGAGGCAGCGCAGAACGUUCUGCUGUGUAAGGAGAUCUUCGCCCAGCUGUCCCGGGAAGCGGUCCAGAUUAAAUCCCAGAUCCCUCACAUUGUUGUGAAGAAUCAGAUCAUCUCACAGCCCUUCCCAGGUCUGCAGCUGUCCAUCUCACUGUGCCACUUCACGGGAGAGAAGAAGAACCACCACCGGGCGUCCCCAGAGAAACCCAAACCCGAUGACCACCUUUACGUACUGGAACACAAUCUGCAUCAAAUGAUGAGAGAGUUUCACAAGCAGCAGCUGAGCUCCGUGGUCAUGCCCCACCCCGCGAGCGCCCCCUUCGGCCACAAGCGCAUGCGCCUGGCGGGGCCGAUGGCCUACGACAAGGCUGAAAUCUCCAGCUUGCAGCAGAGUGAGGGGCUUCUCGAGAAGAUCAUCAAACAGGCCAAACACAUUUUCCUACGUAGCAGGACGGCGCGGACCAUCGACAGCCUGGCAAUCCGCAUAGAAGACCCCCAGAUCCAGGCUCACUGGUCUAAUAUCAAUGAUGUGUACGAGUCCAGCGUCAAGGUGCUCAUCACCUCUCAGGGCUACGAGCAGAUCUGCAAGUCCAUCCAGCUGCAGCUGAACAUCGGUGUCGAACAAAUCCGAGUGGUGCACAGGGACGGACGUGUCGUCACUCUGUCACACCAGGAACAGGAACUGCAGGACUUCCUCCUCUCACAGAUGUCACAGCAUCAGGUGCAUGCAGUUCAGCAGCUGGCCAAGGUGAUGGGCUGGCAUGUCCUAAGCUUCAGUAACCACGUAGGCCUGGGCCCAGUGGAGAGCAUCGGAAACGCCUCAGCGGUCACUGUUGCAUCUUCCAAUGGAGAGUACGCCAUCUCAGUGCGUAACGGCCCAGAGAGCGGGUGCAAGGUUCUGGUCCAGUUCCCCCGCACCCAGACCAAAGAGCUGCCAAAGAGCGACGUCAUCCAGGAUGCCAAAUGGAGCCACCUCAGGGGGCCGAGCAAAGAGGUCCACUGGAGCAAGAUGGAAGGACGAAACUUUGUCUACAAGAUGGAGCUCCUCAUGGCUGCGCUGACUCCUUGUCCUUAGACACAGUCAGCGUGCGGACUCCUUUCCCGUAAACAAAGCCAUGGUUUAUAUGCAGUUACAUGGCGGUGAACUGGACAACCAAACCCAUAGAAUCCACCUUUUCUAGAGAGAUUUUCAGCCACGACAUUUUCAAAAAUGUGACUUUUCUCUUCCUUUCCUCUUCCAGUAGUGUCUGCAGCAUGCUCGGUUUUUUUUAUAUUUGUGUGUUCCUCAAACAGUCUGAUACAGAAUAAAACGUUAAGUCU